AUGGCCGGCAUGAGCUAUCCCCAGGCUCCGGUACCGCCGCCGCCGAUGCAGGCUCCGGUGGCCGUGAACGUCCUCGGCCCACAUUUCUGCGUGGGGUACCCCGUCGAUCUCACCGUACAGAAGAAGCUGAGCUUUUCGGAGGGAAAUUUCGGAGUUACAGACAUCAACGGCAACGUCGUGUUCACCGUCAGAGGGAAACUCUUCAGCCUCCGCGACCGCCGGGUCCUCAUCGACGCCUUUGGAAACCCCGUCAUUACUUUCCAGCAAAAGAUCCUGUCAGCACAUAGAAGGUGGCAAGUUUUCCGGGGUGAAAGCACGGAACCAAAAGACCUGCUUUUUAGCGUCAGAAAGUCUUCGAUGAUUCAGUUAAAAACGAAGCUCCACGUGUACAUGGCUGCUAACACGUCAGAAGAUGUUUGUGACUUCAAAAUUUCGGGCAGCUAUUUCGAGAGGUCUUGUGUAAUAUACUCCGGCAACUCUAACAGUAUCAUUGCCCAAAUGCAUAAAAAGCACAAUGUGCAGAGUGUUCUGCUGGGGCAAGAUACAUUUGGGGUGACUGUUUAUCCGUACGUGGAUUAUGCAUUUGUAACUGCCCUUAUCGUGAUUCUUGAAGAAAUUAAUCUGGAUAGAAAUGGUCAAGAUUGA